CAUAAUACAUACAUAUAUUAUAUAUUGCAGCAGCAUCCAGAAACCACAAGAGAGAAUAUAUAUGAUGAGAAUGAUGAUACUAAAGGCACCAGUUUUUAUUAUGAUGGUUUUGUUAGUUUUUGGUUAUAUUUUGAGUUUAUCAUCAGCUGUAGCUGCUUCAUUUGUGUACCCUAAAAAUUAUGAGCAGAUAGAGGUUUCAAGGGCUUCUGGUCCAGAAAGCAUUGCUUUCGAUUGCCAUGGAAAUGGACCCUACGUCAGCCUUUCAGACGGUACAAUCCUAAAAUGGCAUGGACCAAACAUGGGUUGGAAAGAGUUUGCCUUCACCUCACCUAAUCGGCCGAGGAGUAUCUGUGAUGGGUCAACGAACCAAGAGAACGAGCCAACCUGUGGAAGGCCAUUGGGCCUGAAGUUUGACAAGAACACUUGUAAUCUUUACAUUGCAGAUGCUUACUUUGGGCUUCUAAUGGUUGGGCCCAGUGGAGGUUUGGCCCAACCAGUUGCCACUUCUGCUGAUGGCUCACCCUUUGGAUUUGCAAAUGCUUUGGAUAUUGACACCCAAACUGGAGUAGUUUAUUUUACAGAUUCCAGCACCUUAUUCCAAAGAAGGGUAUGGUUGUACUCAGUCUUGAGUGGAGAAAGAACAGGAAGACUAAUCAAAUACGACCCACGAACAAAGAAAACAACAGUUUUGCUCAGAGGCCUUGCAUUUCCAAAUGGUGUGGCCCUAAGCAACGAUAAGUCAUUUCUCCUCCUAGUUGAGUCUACCACAAUGAAAAUCUUUAGGUAUUGGCUUCGAGGACCAAAGGCACAAACCUUGGAACUCUUCGCACAACUAGGACGGUCCUUAGACAACAUUAAAACUAACCAAAAUGGUGAGUUUUGGGUAGCUUUGAACACUGGCAGAGCCGUCAUCAAAAGCUUAUUUCACCGAAAGUUUAACGACGAAGUUGUGUUACCGAGUUGGAUUCGAGACCCAGUCGCCAUUAAGUUUGACAGAGAUGGAAAUAUUUUAGAAGCUUUGGAUGGCGGCGGCGACGCCCCACUUGAAUCUGUUAGUGAAGUUGAAGAACAUGGCAAAAGCUUGUGGUUUGGCUCUGCUGUCAAAUCUUAUGUUGGUGUUUUACAUCCAAUUAAUUAAAUUUAUAUAUAUAGAAAUUUUUUAUAAUAGGAACACUUAAUUUGUUUCUAUAGUAUAAGGACAUUUAUAAAUCAUUAAUUAAGUUGAAUUGUGAAAGUUUAUACUAUUUAUUAUGAAAUUGUAUGCACGUUAUUUUAAUAGCUUUAAUUUUGUUAAAAAAAAUUCCUAAA